UUGGCCGCAGUGCACACGGUGCCGCGAUCACGUUUUGUUCCUCGCCGCGAAUGGUACCGAUCGGCGCGAUCCUCGCGCGCCCGCGGACGAAUGGACCGCGCGUUACAUAAUAAAAAGACCGAGUGAUCCACUUUUCCGAGGGGGAAAAACGAUCGCGGAUUUUGCUGGCAAAAAAAAAAAAAAAAAAAAAAACGGCGACGCCGACAUGUUUAUCGUACAGCAGGAGCGGUGGGAUCCAAGGAGAUCGUAUGUUCGCGUUACUUCGAUGUCGCGAAGAAUUAGCGUUUGCGCCACGGUGCUGCUCGUCCUAUUCGAGUUGACCACGUCGGCCAUGGUCCUGCCGAGGCCACCUCCGUCACCUAAUCAUAUCCACCAGGAUCAGGAACUAUCCGCGCGCAAAUCCAUCGAGGGCAAAUCCCUGCACGGCGUCUCGCGAAGCACCAAUGUGGAGAGACCAGAUACCGAGGACUACAGGCUCUUCGAGAUCGAGCUGCAGGGCGCGGACGAGAUGGACGCCGCGAAUUUGCAGGGUCUGAUGCGGACGAUGCUGAAGGAGGAGCGAACGCCGAACGGCUACCCGAAUCCCGAGGUGAUCCCGCACUCUAUUCUCGGUGUGCGAGAUAUGGGUCUAAGUCCGAAUUAUCGUCUCGACGCCUUCGACAACGACGCACCAUCGUUGAAUCCAUCGUUGAAUACGCCAAAGCUGCCGAGUCUUAACGAGAAGUUGUACUAUUUGAAGAGUGGCCGGCCCAAGGUUUACGUGAACGUGCGAGGGCACAGCGGCUCCUUCCGCAAGGAUACCAACGUCUCGUCUACGGCGACCCCGAGCGAAGGUGCGGUGGGAUACCUCAGGGUCACGCGACCUUUCGAGAGGCAGACCGACUGGAAGGCGCGGGACAAGAAGACUCGACCACCCAAGAAAUUCGAUCGUCGCGUUGACGGUGUCGUUCUGAGGAAUGACGAAAUCGGCAAAAAUGAUCGAACAACGUUUUACGGAGCAGACGAGCUGUCGACCACGGAGAAUUCCAUGGUCACGUCCAGCGAACUACCUAAACAGAUACCCGCGCCGCCCAGCAAAGUCUACGGACGGAUCCUGAUGGCGCAGACCACGCCUGUGCAGAGGUACGCACUUAGGAGGACAGAUAUCCUGCCAGGAUACGGUUUCGAAGAGUAAAAUCAAAUAUCUCUGUAAAAACGAAAAAACCUCGAAAAGUAACGAACUUAAUCGCGAC